AAACGGCCGUGGCAUCAAUUGCAUUUGCCACAAGCAAUACUGUUUAUGUUAUCGAACCUAAUAAUCCUAAAUCGUCCAGUUUCCUAACUUCAAGAAGUGCCGUUACCGUUGAAUUAACGAAUUUUCAAGAACAAGAGAAAAAAAAUAUAUUUAAUGAAAAAACUGAAUUAGAAAUUCUUUAUUCAAAUGCCGAUCCCUUUUCACAUUUACAUUCUCCAGUAUCGAAAGGAUCACUUGUAUCAGUAGUUAUUCCUUCUAAUUCAUCCAAUGAUACUUUAAUUCCUGCAAUACCACACCUUUAUAAACUCUCAAGUGGCCGAUGCGCUGCUGUGGUAAUUCAUAUCGCUAUUGAUCGUGAUAAAGUUAAAAACAUUGAAGAUUAUACUGAUGUCAUGACCCUAAGGCAAACCGGAUGUGCUUUAUUACAUUCUACUGGUACUCAAGAGACUUUGGAUAUUGCUUUGAUUGCUCAUUCUGUAGCAAUUAAGACCGGUGUUCCUGUUAUUCAUUUCUUUGAUCGUGGUUCCGCUGAGAAAUUAAUCCAUUUAGAUGAUAUCAUUGGAAAGUUUAUAGAAGAUGUGGAUGUAACAAAUUAUCGAGAUAUCUUGAAAACAAUCAAGAAACAAGAUGAUCUCUAUUUUAGAACAUCUGAUCCUGGUAUAACUAAUGGUCAAAGCACAGAUGAAUCAACUAAUGAUAAUGGCAAUAAAUUAAAUAAAAAUAUCGACUUUUUUUCGACAGUUGAGCAAAUUUUCACAGAAUUUAAACAAGAAACAGGCCGUUCGUAUGGUAGCUUUGAAUAUAUUGGUGAUCCCGAUUCAAAAUUGCUUAUAAUCACCCUUGGUUCAGGUUCAUUAUAUUUACAAAAAGCUAUAAAGAAAAGCUCUAAAGUCAGUGUAAUAAAAAUAAGGAUAUAUCGUCCUUGGUCAGAGAAUCAAAUUUUCGCCAAUAUUCCCAAAACGAUUCAAAAAGUGGCUGUAUUAGAACAAGUUGUUGCACGUACUACUAAAUGGACGCCAUUAUAUCUCGAUAUUGUUUCAGCAUUUCAAAAUCAAGCUCUUUGGUCAGGUAAAACUCCAGCUAUAAUCAGUGGAAAGUAUGGAACUGUUAAUGAAGAAUCUAUUGAUGAUGACGUUAUCUCGUUAUUUGAAAGCCUCAAGUCAGGUGAACUACGUCAGAACUUUGUUGUCGGAAAUGAUGAUCGACAAUUAAAUGGUGUAAAUGGUCAUUCGAAAGAAAUCAUCGAAUUACCAAAUAUUGAAAAACCAUAUAUCAAAAUGCUUGAAGAGGUUUUUAAAGAUCGUUUAUAUAUUGCAAAUUUUGGCCAUUCAGAUGUUGUUAAAUCAACUCCUGAAUUUGCAUUUGGAGUUUUGAUUGCUAAACUUCAAAAGCGCGCACAAUUUGCGGAUCUUGUUGCGCAUGCAGUGAAGGAUACUUCUAUUUCUAUUCCUGAGCCUUUGCUAAAAGCCUUAUCGCAAUGGCUUCUUUACCAAGAUGAUACCGAUAAAUCAAGGAAAUUUGGUGAUGAGGCUAUCGAGUAUCUUACUCAAACUCAUGAUACUCAGGCGGCUCAAACUCAUGAUUCUCAGAUGAUACUCUCAGAAAUUUAUAAUCAAAAGGAUCAAUUCACAAAACCUUCACAAUGGAUUAUUGGUUCAGAUGCAUUGACAUAUGAUAUUGGUGGAUCUGGUGUUCAUCACAUCAUUUCAUCCGGUAAAGAUAUUAAUUUAUUAAUAAUUGAUUCUCAACCUUAUACAACUCGUGCUGCUGCUGAUCCAGAAAAACGCAAAAAGGAUAUUGGCUUAUAUGCGAUGAAUUAUGGUGAUGUUUAUGUUGCUUCGGUGGCAUUGUAUUCAUCAUAUACUCAGGUUCUACAUUCUCUAAUGGAGGCUGAAAAGUUUAAAGGGCCUUCAAUCGUAUUGGCGUAUAUGCCUUAUUAUAGUGAUAAUGAUAGUUCAAUUACUGUAUUAAAAGAAACUAAACUAGCCGUUGAUAGUGGUUAUUGGUCACUAUAUAGAUGGAAUCCGGCGCUAGAAAAGGAAGACAAAGAACCUUUUACCUUGGAUUCUGAAAAAAUUAAGCAAGAACUUAAAGAUUUCCUUGAUAGAGAAAACAUUCUCACCCAAUUAACACGUUCUAAACCAGAAUUAUCUGCAACUUUAACAAAUUCACUUGAAUCAGAAGUCAAAACACGUCAAAAAUCAUUCGCGAUAUCUGCAUAUGAAAAGUUAUUGGGUGGUUUAACAGGUCCACCACUUUUGAUUCUUUUUGGUUCUGACAAUGGUAAUGCAGAAGGUCUCGCAAAGAGACUGCACAAAGGCGCCAAGGCCCGUGGUGUUAAUUCACGUUGUAUGUCAAUGGAUGAUUACCCUAUUGAGGAUAUUACUUCUGAAAAGAAUAUAGCAUUUGUUGUUUGUACGGCUGGUCAGGGAGAAUUUCCUCAAAAUGCUCGUGAAUUCUGGAAAAUUAUUUCAACUACAACAGAACUUUCUUUUUCAGAAACUCAUUACGCAGUUUUUGGUCUUGGUGAUAGUAAAUAUUGGCCAAGAGAAGAAGAUGUAAUUUAUUAUAAUAAACCUGGAAAAGAUUUAGAUGCUCGUUUAGAAAUGUUGAGUGGAAAAAGACUUUUGAAUCUUGGAUUGGGUGACGAUCAAGAUUCUGAUGGAUAUGAAACAGGAUUUCAAGCAUGGGAACCAGAACUUUGGAAAGCUUUGGGAGUUGAGCUUCUUGGUACUGCCGUUGAAGAAAAAAAGAAGACUGAUGAUGAUAUGAAAAUUGAUUCAAAUUUUUUGAGAGGAACAAUCUCUGAAGGUUUAGAAGAUACCUCCACUGGGGCAUUAUGUGAAAGAGAUACAAAAUUGACAAAAUUCCAUGGAAUUUAUCAACAAGAUGAUAGAGAUCUACGAGAUGAACGAAAAGCACAAGGGUUAGAAAAAGCUUAUUCAUUUAUGGUACGUGUCCGUGUUCCCGGUGGAGUUUCUUCGCCCAAGCAGUGGUUACAAAUGGACGAGGUUGCUGAAAAGCUUGCGAAUAAUGGAUUAAAAUUAACAACUCGACAAGCAUUUCAAUUACACGGUGUUCUUAAACGUAACUUAAGAUCUACCAUUCGUGGUAUUAAUAAGUGUUUAUUGGACACAUUGGCAGCAUGUGGUGAUGUUAAUCGUAAUGUCAUGUGCAGUACUACUCCUUCCAUCUCUGAAGUUCAUGGACAAGUACAUGAAUUUUCCAAAAAGUUAAGUGCUCACUUAUCUCCUAGAACAACGGCAUAUCAUGAAAUUUGGUUGGAGGAUAAAAUUGUUGCUGGAAAUGCUGUGCAAGAUUUUGAACCAUUAUAUGGACCGACAUAUCUUCCACGUAAAUUUAAGAUUGCAGUCACAGUACCUCCUAAUAACGAUGUAGAUGUGUUUGCAAAUGACUUGGGAUAUAUAGCGAUUGUAGACAAAUCUAGUAAAAAAUUAUUAGGUUAUAAUGUUACUGUUGGUGGUGGUAUGGGAAUGACUCAUAAUAACAAAAAGACAUAUCCACGCCUUGGAGAACUUCUUGGUUUCUGUACUCCUGAACAAGCCAUCGACGUUGCUGAAAAAGUUAUGUUAGUUCAAAGAGAUUUUGGGGAUCGAAUUAACAGAAAACAUGCACGUCUCAAAUACACUAUUGAUGAUAGAAGCUUGGAAUGGUUCCGCAAUGAAGUCGAAAACAGGUUAGGAUAUAAACUUGAAUCACCACGUGAAUAUACUUUUGAAAGCAAUGCAGAUCGAUAUGGUUGGACGAAAGGUUUUGAUAAUAAGUGGCACUUUUGUAUUUACAUUGAAAAUGGAGUUGUUAAAGAUUCACCUGGAGCCCUCAUUAAAACUGGUUUACGUGAAAUCGCCAAAGUACAUAAAGGUGAUUUCCGAUUAACACCCAAUCAACAUCUUGUUCUUGGUAAUAUCACUCAAAAGGACAAAUCACAAAUUGAAGAACUAUUGAAAAAAUAUAAGUUAGAUAACUUGCAGCAUACUGGAAUUCGAUUAAAUUCCAUGUCAUGUGUAGCAUUGCCAACAUGUGGUUUAGCAAUGGCAGAAUCUGAAAGAUAUCUUCCUACACUUGUUAGUAAAUUAGAAAUUAUUAUUAAUGACGUGGGUUUAAAACAAGAUGCGAUCACAAUUAGAAUGACAGGAUGUCCUAAUGGCUGUGCUCGUCCUUAUAUAGCAGAAAUUGCCUUUGUAGGAAAAGCAUUAGGAACAUAUAAUUUAUAUUUAGGAGGAGGUUUUUAUGGUCAGAGAUUGAAUAAGUUAUAUAGAGAAAAUUUGAAAGAGGAUGAUAUCUUGAAAGAGUUGAGACCGAUUUUAGAACGGUAUGCAAAAGAAAAAAUAAAUGGUGAAAAAUUUGGUGAUUUCGUUAUUAGAACUGGUUAUAUUAAAGCUACAAUUGCAGGAAAAGAUUUCCAUGAUUUAUAA